CAACGCUUUCUCCCUCGUACUACUAACAAUCUCCAUGAAGCUGCCCGUGGAUUUAACGAGCCUGGACCUCAGCUUUGAUCAUAGAUUCGCAAGGAUGAGCAGCCUUGUUUUGAUGUCAUGUUGCAUGAGUAAUUUCAUGACAUCUUUGGGGUCCAUGGAGAGUAAUGAGAUUGUACCAAACAUGGCAGCUUUAGGCAUUCUAGUCCUCACUGUUGCUGGAAAUAUAAUCAUUCACACGAUUCAGAUGCGUAGCUCUGGAUCCGUGUUGUAUUUCGUGCUGCCACAACAGGUUACGUCUUCUGUCAUCAUGCUCCUCUUUCUUGUGACGUUAUGUUGUAUGUCAUUGAUGGUUCCAGGAGCUAAAAGAUACAUAGGAUUGAAGUAUGAUGAAAUGCACGAAUUAGUUUUGAAUAGACAAGUGGAGUGGGGAAGGUUUAGUAGUGAUGAAGUUGAAAGUAUGGUGAAAGGGUGUUGGGUGAUGGCUCAAACUAGCUGCCCUCAGUUUGUUCUAGCAAGGUCUGCAGUUUCUUCUGUUUCUGGACUUAUGUGUCUUCUCACGGCUCUAGUUUUGGUAGAAGCUCGGUUUGGGAAAAAUAGCCUCGAAACUCUAGGGGCUCGGCUUGUAGAAGAUAGUCUUGAUACGAACAAUGGUGUUGGGUUUCUUGCUUCAAACUAUGACUGGUCCGUUGGCUGGAUUUUAAACAUUCAGUCUGUGGGAGUGGCGAUUGGAAGUAUUGCUCCUCUGUUGAGAUGGUUUGCUGCUUCGUGGUUCAAGAUUUCUGAGACGGAGCCAAGGAGCUUCAAAGACGAACUCAAGGUUGACAAGUACUGGACUUGGAGGCUGGUGGAGUGGAGAGACAGAUCACUUCCGUUUCAAGUUCAAAAUCGCGUAUGCAGGAAGUUGCUUCGUGAUGCUGUGGAUUUUAGGCAAUAUGUUCUUCUACUUGAAGGUGAGCCACAGUUGCCUUAUAAAAUCCUCAACAACAUCUGCAACGAAGCGGAUAGGCUGAUACAAGUAGGUGAAAAGAGGCAGCCAGAGAGUCUUAUCCAACUUCUAAAGAAAUCUUCAAGCUUCGAUGGAGUAGGAAGAUUUGACAGAAGCGAAAUCCCAAGCUUGCAUUCUCAAGAGCCUCCAAAUUGCUGGUCUCUGCCCGUGGUGACUUUGACAGCCAUUUCAGUUGCUCUUCUCAGCAUUGAUGAUGAGAAUGCAAACCAGUUAUUGGUCUGUAUCAGCGAGGGCUUGCCUAUCGUGAAGCUUAUAGAGGAAACUCUAGACAUAACCGGAGAGUUAGAAAGCAUCAGAAAAGCAGCAGUUGUGGUUUGGGAUGGAGUUGAAUUGUACAAAAAAUGGGAUGACACGGAUUUGAAGAGCACGAGAGUGAGAGGCGCAACGCACAAGGAAACACUGCAAAAACUCUCUAACAUUGCAGAAAAGACUGUGAGGAAAUUUGUGACUAAACCAAGAGAUAUUCUAAUGCAGAACCCUUUAAACUGGCCUGCUAGAAUUAUAGCUGCUAACUCAAUGUACAGGAUUACUCAGACGAUCUUGCUAGGAAUGGGAGACGGCGAGAACCAAGGUGGUGAUGAGCUAUUUGAGAGUAUAUCCGUCACCAUCUCGGAUAUACUUGCAGCGUGCCUCACCAAUCUAGUGCAGGUCAUAACAUUAAAGUGUCGCAGAAACGAAGUCAAGGAAAGGGAAGAAAGUGUGAGGCGAGCAGCGAUUCUUCUUGGUGAGAGCAAAAAGAUUCUUGAAAUUCUGCAACAGCGUGAGCUUCCGAGUUUGGAUGCGGAGAAAGCUGCUAAGAUUGACGAGUGGAGGACAUCCAUGGUGUUGGAUGUUUAAAUUCCUUUGGCAUCCAUAGUGUAAUAAUAAUUUUAUGUUUAUCUGUUUUCAAAUCCAACAUCGGUUAUGUUUCCUAGUCAGUACUAGCCUCUUGUACAGUAAUAUUUAUAGGUGCUUUGUACAGUGAUAAAAAUACAUUUUUUCUCUAAUAUGUUCCUAUAAUUUCCAAACAUGUAUCUAUGUUUUAUUGUUUUACAUGGUAU